CCUCCAUCUUCACCGCAGACUUCGACAUCAUCAAGAUUCCGGGAUCGCAUUCGCUCACGCUUUCGAAAAGUACACAUACGAGUACUCUGCAGAGGUUUUACCCUUUGAUACAACGUGUGCGAAGAAACAGACACAAUGGGCAAGGCCAAAGCUCCUAAACGGAACGCCGCCUCCUCAUCGGGCCCAUACUCUCGACCCUCCCAGAAAACCAACAAUGUGUUCAAGUUCAACACAAACGUUGGUCAACAUAUCUUGAAGAACCCCGGUGUGGCGGACGCGAUUGUACAUAAAGCCGGGCUCAAGCCCACGGAUACCGUUCUAGAGAUUGGUCCCGGAACGGGUAACUUGACGGUUCGGAUACUGGAGAAGUCAAAGAAGCUCAUCGCGAUCGAGUUUGACCCUCGAAUGGCGGCCGAAGUCACCAAGCGUGUGCAAGGAACGCCCGAGCAGCGCAAGCUCGAGGUCAUGCUCGGAGAUGCUAUCAAGGUUGAAUGGGUUCCUUUCGAUGUUCUGAUCUCCAACACUCCUUACCAGAUUUCGUCGCCUCUCGUUUUCAAGAUGCUCGCCAUGCCCAAGCCACCGCGACAAGCGAUUCUUAUGUUCCAGCUGGAGUUCGGUCAGAGACUGGUUGCCAAGCCUGGAGACAAGCUCUACGGAAGAUUGAGCGUCAACGCCAAUUUCUGGGCUACAUGCUCCAACGUGAUGAAGGUUUCCAAAGCCAACUUCCGGCCGCCGCCACAGGUUGACUCUUGUGUUGUGCGCAUCGUGCCCAAGCAAGGAGCCGAGCGUCCCACCAUCGCCUUCGAAGAGUUCGACGGUCUUCUCCGCGUUUGCUUCAACCGUAAGAACAGAACGAUGAGGGCAAGCUGGCUCGGUACCAAGGAAGUGCUUCAGAUGCUCGAGAAGAACUACCGCACAUGGGCAGCCAUGAACAACGUGCCCCUGGACGAUUCGCUCGUCGAGGACGAUGAAGACGACGCCAUGGAGAUGGACGACGACGAGGACGUUGGCGCAGAUGACAACGACGAUGUCGAGCCCAUGGACGACGACACCCCCGAGUUCUUCAAGGAGCUUGGUGCCGCUGCCGGCAAAGCGCCCGAGAAGACCAAGAGCAAGCGCAAGAAGACAAAGGUCGCCGCGCUCGUCCGGAGCAAGAUUGAAGGCGCGCUCGAGAGCACCGGUCUGCUGGAGAAGCGCGCGCGCUCGUGCGACGAAACGGACUUUUUGAAGCUUCUGUCCGCCCUCAACUCUGAGGGCAUCCACUUUGCUUAAUCUGGCAGCCUGGUGA